AUGCGUCUCUCCGUUUCUCUCUUGGCUUUGGCCUUUGGCUCCCUGGUUGCGGCCGCGCCCAACACAAAGCCACGAACCUGCGGUUCCAAACCAUCAAUGGAGUUCCUUGCUAAAUCUGCUGAGUUUGCUGCAAAGGAAGCAAGCGGAGAACUGCUCAACUCUUUGGCCACCAUCGAAGUUGAGACCUACUUCCACGUUGUUGCCUCAGGCCGGACCCCUUCCCAAGGCUAUCUCUCUGAUGCUAUGCUUGCCAAUCAACUCAGAGUCAUGAACUCGGACUAUGGACCGCACGGCAUCCAAUUCAACCUGGUCCGCACGACCAGAACUGUCAAUGCCAACUGGGCACGUGAUGGAGAUGAGCUUGGAAUGAAACGCGCUCUUCGUCAAGGCGGCUAUAACGCUCUCAAUGUUUACUUCUUGGGAGACCUUGGCAGUCUUUUGGGAUACUGCUACUUCCCCACCAACGCCUCGCCUGGCUCAACUGCUUUCAUUCGUGACGGGUGCGUCGUCGUCGGCCAGAGUGUUCCCGGUGGCAACAUCUCCAACUACAACUUGGGCAAGACUGCCACCCACGAAGUUGGCCAUUGGUUCGGAGGAUGCUUCGGCAGCGGUGAUGGCGUCAGCGACACUCCUCCACAGCGUAGCUCUACCCAGGGAUGCCCUUCCAGCCGUGACUCUUGCCCUGGUGGUGGCGUUGACCCAAUCCACAACUACAUGGAUUACUCAUAUGACGUCUGCAUGAACCAAUUUACUUCCGGCCAGCGCACUCGCAUCUACAACAUGUGGAACCAAUACCGUGCACGCGGCUGA